GCAGCCCGUGCCCCCGCGCCCCCAGUGCCCGCCGCACCAUGGCCAAGGAAGGCGUGGAAAAGGCGGAAGAGACGGAGCAAAUGAUCGAGAAGGAGACAGGCAAGGAGCCUGCGGAGGGCGGCGGCGGCGGCUCGCACCGACUCGGGGACACCCAGGAGAUGCGCGCUGUGGUGCUCGCAGGCUUCGGGGGGCUCAACAAGCUGCGAGUCUCCAGGAAGGCCAUGCCCGAGCCGCAGGACGGCGAGCUCAAGAUCCGCGUCAAAGCCUGUGGUUUAAACUUCAUUGACUUGAUGGUGCGACAAGGGAAUAUCGACAACCCUCCCAAGACUCCUCUGGUGCCAGGUUUUGAGUGUUCGGGGAUUGUGGAAGCUCUGGGGGACAGCGUGAAAGGAUAUGAGAUCGGGGACCGUGUCAUGGCAUUUGUCAAUUACAACGCCUGGGCAGAGGUGGUCUGCACGCCCGUGGAGUUUGUCUACAAGAUCCCCGACGACAUGAGCUUCUCUGAGGCUGCUGCUUUCCCCAUGAACUUCGUCACAGCCUACAUGAUGCUGUUUGAAGUCGCCAACCUCCGAGAAGGGAUGUCUGUGCUCGUGCACUCGGCUGGUGGCGGCGUGGGCCAAGCUGUGGCUCAGCUGUGCUCCACUAUCCCCAAUGUGACUGUCUUUGGAACAGCUUCUACUUUCAAGCAUGAAGCCAUCAAAGACUCCGUGACCCACCUCUUUGACCGAAAUGCAGACUAUGUGCAAGAAGUGAAAAGAAUCUCUGCGGAAGGAGUGGACAUUGUUUUGGAUUGCCUCUGUGGGGAAAACACCGGAAAAGGUCUCAGCCUUCUCAAACCCCUGGGGACCUACAUUCUAUAUGGUUCAUCCAACAUGGUGACUGGAGAGACCAAGAGCUUCUUUAGCUUUGCAAAAUCAUGGUGGCAGGUGGAGAAAGUGAACCCCAUCAAGCUAUAUGAAGAGAACAAAGUCAUCGCAGGGUUUUCCCUUUUAAAUCUGCUCUUCAAACAGGGCCGCGCAGGCCUCAUUCGAGGAGUGGUGGACAAACUCCUAGGGCUCUACACCCAGAAGAAGAUCAAGCCCACUGUGGACUCCCUGUGGGCCCUGGAGGAGGUGAAGGAGGCCAUGCAGCGGAUCCAUGACCGAGGGAACAUUGGCAAGUUAAUUCUGGAUGUAGAGAAGACCCCGACUCCACUGAUGGCCAAUGACAGCACGGAGACCAGCGAGGCUGGAGAAGAGGAGGAGGACCAUGAGGGGGACAGCGAGAACAAGGAGCGGAUGCCCUUUAUCCAGUAACCCAGGACCUGGGCAGAAGAACGAAGGAUGGUUUGAAAGAAGAGGAGCCACUGAAGAAAGCUCUUCUGUGCCCCAGUGAACAAAUGCUGUAGUCCAGUGCGUGUCGUGUUUGUCUGCAGUCAGCUGAGCUAAAAAGCUUUGAUCACUGUUGUUUUUUGAAAUUAAGUGCCAACCCC